CAUGUCCACCACCACGUGCCAAGUGGCGGGGUUCCUCCUGUCCCUCCUGGGUCUGGCGGGCUGCAUCGCUGCCACGGAGAUGGACAUGUGGAGCACCCAGGACCUGUAUGACAACCCAGUCACCGCYGUGUUCCAGUAUGAAGGACUCUGGAGGAGCUGCGUGAGGCAGAGCUCCGGGUUCACYGAGUGUCGGCCCUACUUCACCAUCCUGGGCCUUCCAGCCAUGCUGCAAGCAGUGCGAGCCCUAAUGAUUGUGGGCAUAGUACUGGGUGUCAUCGGCCUCCUGGUGUCCAUCUUUGCCCUGAAGUGCAUCCGCAUCGGCAACAUGGAGGACUCUGCCAAGGCCAAAAUGACACUGACCUCUGGAAUUGUGUUCAUUAUCUCAGGUGUGUGUGCAAUUAUUGGAGUGUCCGUGUUUGCCAACAUGCUGGUUACUAACUUCUGGAUGUCCUCGGCUAGCAUGUACGGCACCAUGGGUGGGAUGGUACAGACUGUUCAGACCAGGUACACCUUUGGUGCAGCUCUGUUCGUGGGCUGGGUCGCUGGAGGCCUCACUCUAAUUGGGGGUGUGAUGAUGUGUAUCGCCUGCCGCGGCCUGACACCGGAUGAUACCAACUACAGAGCUGUGUCUUAUCAUGCCUCGGGUCACAAUAUUGGCCUCAAUUCUGGAGGCUUCAAGGCCAGCACUGGCUUUGGGUCCAACAUGAAAAACAAGAAGAUAUAUGAUGGGGGUGCCCGCACAGAGGAUGAGGGACAAUCUCAUCCUUCCAAGUAUGACUAUGUGUAAUUCUCCA